AGAAGAAGACAGCGGAUGACGUCACGGCGGGUCUUCACUUGACGUGUGUGCUGCGGCAGCGGGAGAGUUUCCAACCUUUUCUCUUCGGGCUCUUUAAACUCCCGCUUCUAACCGCGCGACUGUCCGCUUCUCCGGCGACACAGCAGCUGAGUCCAUCCGUAUAAACAUCACCUCCAAUCAUGCCUCGAGGGGGGAAAAAGAACCACAAGGGCCGGGGAAAGCAGUUCAGCAACCCCGAGGAGAUCGACCGACAGAUGAAAGCACAGAAGGAGUUGGAAGAAAGUGGCGGUGCAGAAAAAAAGGAAUCUUCAGAGUCUGAGGAGGAGAGCAGCAGCGAUGAAGAGUCUGAGUCCAGGAGAAGGAGUGGAGUGGAAGGGCUUAUAGAGAUUGAAAAUCCAAACCGUGUGUCCCAAAAGAGCAAGAAGGUGACUGAAAUAGAUGUCGCUGCACCCAGAGAACUGAGUCGCAGAGAGAGAGAGGAGAUAGAGAAGCAGAAAUCAAAGGAGCGCUACAUGAAACUCCAUCUUGAGGGGAAGACUGAGCAGGCAAGGGCUGACCUCGCCAGACUGGCCAUCAUCAAGAAACAGAGGGAGGAUGCGGCCAAGAAGAGAGACGAUAUCAAGAAAGACAAAGAAUCAGAUGAUGGCAAAGCAAAGCGCUAGUGCUCCAUCUGUAAGCUUCAUCAUGCACUUCAGUCUCAGAGGGAUGGAGAGAGAAGGAGAUCUGGAGGACGAAAAGGAGAACGGGGAGGGGACCAAUGCAAGAGGUGUGAGAUCAGGGGUGCUCCUGAACUCCUGUCCCUCAUUUCAAAUCUGAGCGUUGUGGGUCUUCCAUAACAGCGUUGUCAGGAUGGGGGGAAACGGGUGGAGAAAAGCAAGAGGAAGAGGAAUGCAACAUUUGGGAUGCCUCUAGUUUUCUUUAAAAUUCCUUGAAAUUCCAAGAGGAGACAAAUCGCAGGUUUUCCAAGUGCUUCACUGCCUCUUUACUCAUUGCCACCGACCAGGGUUUUAAUUCUAAAGCUGCUGGAGUUAUUUCCAUUCCUUUUGAUUCAUACAUUUUAUAAGGUUCUCUAGUACAAAUUUACUCAAUGACUGAACAGGUAUUACAGCGAGCGUGCAUGAGAAUUUCCUUGGUGCUUUACUUUUCCUUCCAUCUCACGUGUUUUGUAAGAUGGCAAAUCAGUGAAAUGUGGAGAAAAGAAAACUAUUCAGAGGAUAGACUGAUAUAUAGGAAAUAUACUCUGUAGGUAUAUAUAUUUUUGUUUUGGAUCAACAAAUGGCAUGCAUGCUGUACCUCAGCUGACACAUGUUAUCAUGAUGCAAUGGUUUAAUUUUCAUUAGUUUUCGGUCACUUUUAUUUUGGCAGUUUACAGAGUUGAAAUCAGUUCAGAAUGUAGUUAAUUUCACGUUUCUGUUGUCGAGUCAUUGUUUUUUUCCAAAUUUACUCUUCUAGUCCCUCUGAUCGACUUGUACUUGUUGGUUCAAAGGUUUUCUCAAAAUGUGUCCUGUGAUACUUUCCUCAAAGCACCAGGAAUCUUACUUGAAUUGCCUGAUUAAUAACAGUUUUAGUGGUUGAGCAUCAGUGCUGGAGAGCGUAGUCUGAAACUGCCUCAGUGACCGUGGCCUUGCCCCAGUUCUGAUGGGACCCUCUGUGGUUCUGUGCAUCUUCUGUUGCCUUUUUCCAAGUUUACACGAGGCCAGUUAACAGUCUUUAUCUCCUGUGUUUAAACCUACACUCAGUUAGUUUAUCAGCAUUCUACAUCAGCACCAGUAAUAACAAAAUGAUCACAGACAGCUCAACUCAGCCGUCUUACUUACAAAGACGGCGUUUGUAUGAUUUAGACCGCACAGAUGUACAUAAAGAAUUGGUAACUCGGUAUGAGCUGGAUUUGGAAAUGUCUUAAGCAGUAAAAAAAAAAAGAUUGCCUAUAAUAUGGGAGUGGUUCAAACGAAUGAGAAUUGUAGCCACAUCAUGAAAAUAAUUUCCCCUUGUGUAUUUGAAGUCAUUUUUAAACAAUAAAAUCAUUCAUAGCUAAAAUACUA